GUGUAGUUUGAAAUGUUGGCCAUCUAUAACAUUGCCCUUUGUAGAAUGGGCUUGGGAGACGACAAUGCCCCUUGAUAUAAAUAAUGAAUUACGGGUAAGGAAGCCAGACGAAGACGAGUGAAGCAUUUAGAGAGCAACAACACAUUUUAGCCAAAUUCAACUACAAAGAAGAGCUUAGGGAUCUAGAUCUUCAAACAGGACUUUUCACACUAAAACAGAUGAAAGCUGCCACCAAGAACUUCGAUGCAGCAAACAAUGUCGGGGAGGGUGAUUUUGCUUCUGUUUUCAAGGGUUCGUUAUCAGAUGGAACUGUGAUUGCAGUGAUGCUGCUUUCCUCAAAAUCUAAGCAAGGAAACCGUGAAUUUGUGAAUGAGAUAGGAAUGAUAUCUGCACUGCAACAUCCAAAUCCUUGUAAAGUUGUAUGGAUGUUGUGUUGGAGGAAACCAAUUUAUGCUUGUGUCGUGUACAUGGAAAACAAUUGCCGGUCCCGUGCUCUAUUUGGGAUUCUGCCAGGCCUAUGUUUUGCAAGAGAGAGGAAGUCUUUCCGAGGUGGUUGAUCCAGAAUUGGGGUCAGAGUAUUCUUCAGGGGAGGCUAUGGUGAUACUAAAUGUCGCUCUCUUAUGCACCAAUGCGUCCCCAACUCUUAGGCCUACAAGGUCUCAAGUUGCGAGCUUGCUCGAAGGUCAAACUUCUGUUUAGGACCUUCUUUCUGAUCCUGGGUUUUCCGUGAUCAACACAAAAUACAAGGCUAUAAGAAACCAUAUCUGGCAGAAUCCAAGCCAAACUUAUAGCAUGUCUAUAAACGGAUCAUACUGUUCUGAUUCCACAAACUCUUACGGAGAACCAGGCCAUCUGCUGAGAGUUAGUUCAGUUAAAUCUAAUUAGUAAAUGUUGUAUCAUAUAUAUUAUCUUGAAAUCAUUUGCAGAUUCCAAAUUCAUAUGUUAAAAAUUCAAAUUUUUUUUUUCAGAA